AUGUACCCUGCACAAAAACAGACAAGUCAACUUUGCAAAACCUCAAAAGCCACAACAAAACCGUACCGUCAAGAAAACAUGCCGCUUGCAAAGGGUCUUGUUGAACUUUUGCAAGAAGCGAAACAAGAAGUUCCUUCAUGGUUAAUCCAAUAUUCCCAGUCGUCAGCACCAGGUGGACGUGGUAGCUCUGGAUCUCAACGGUCGCCUUGGAGAGGCAAUUACGGUGGGCGCGAUUUCCGGACUGCAGCAGAACCUGUAAAGGUGCAGAAUUACAACUACAACAGUACCUAUAGCAACGGAAGAGACCAUACUGCCAACACUUAUACUGAUACAUCUUUAGACAUCCAAAACUCUAACAACAAUGCCACCUUUGACAACACUAAUACAGAAAUUGCUGAUGGAUACAAUUAUCCUGAUGAUGGUUUGUGUGAAGGCAGUGAUGGCAUAAAUGGGCCAUGUGGGUAUGCAUCUGUUGUGCCCACUGGAUGGGACUGA